AUGUCAGAGGAAGAAGAUUCUUUUCUGAAUGUUAAAAGAUCUCUGAAAAAGAGAAUGGUGAAACACAGCACUCCAGUGGACUCAAUGCUUUCAAGAACAAUGCCAUCUCUUAUAGAUCUGACAAAUCAGUCAAUCAAGGACCAAGAUGCCAGUAAGAGAGUUUAUGGAUCUCCAGUGCCAAAAUCAAACCUAAGUAGACUGUUAGCUCAAGUAUCAUUAGUACGUGUUGAAGCAUACAUCCCUCAUACAUCCCCGAAAAGCCUUUCAACAGUGUUUGACUCACAAGAAUUAAACCAAAAGAGAAGCCAAAGCUCUCGGGUUGUAUUUUCUAGAAGGAGGCUUUCUACAGUGUUGGCCUCUGAUGAAUCAAAUGAAGAGCCAAGUGAUGAGGUUGUCUCAAAUGUGGAAACUCAAGCUCCCACCAAAGCAUCUGAGGAGACUACAGUAACUUCCAAGAGUGGACCUUCAUGGCUUGUUACUGGAAUACCAGGGAUAAAAGAUGUCCUGAUAGUAAAAACCAGAAAGAAGAAAACUGAUAAAGCUCUUGUGAGAAAGAAACAAAGAGAAUGGGUGCUUCGUCAACUUAAAAACAUCGAGGAAGCAACUGAACAUGAACUGACAAUUGAAGAAGCUUGA